CAUAGCGAAAGCACAAGCAUUUUAUCUCCACAGUUUAGGGAACGCCACUGCUGGUGAUUAAAGCACCAACAGGGAGCUAGUCUGUGGAUGUUGAAUUGAAAAAUAGUUCAAAAGACUAAGCGGGCAUCCACCUAGGCUCGAACCUACGACCUUAUGUUCACAGUAUGAAAUGAAUUUACAGUGUUAUUCAAAAAUGACAAGCCAACCAGGAAAUGGAGAAAAAGCAGCACCUGGAGCAGGUUUACGUUCUCUAAAAAGUACUAUGUUCUUUCGAGUAGUAAAUUUUGAAUUAUAUGCACGGCCUAAUAUAGUGGUGAUGGCUUUAGGAUUAACUGCGAUGAUCGGUUGCUCAGCUUACAUUUUUUACAUGAGAUCAAAAUAUGAAGAUAUGGGCUAUUAUGCCGCUGUUGAAUCUGAUGGUAAAGAGACAUUCAAGAAAAAACAAUCCAAGUGGGAUACUUGAGAUUCAUCUAAAUUCUUGACUUUAGUAAAUUACUUUUCAUUCAAUGUUAUAAAAAAUAAUAAUAAAGUAUUUAUUGUCACUAUUAAUUUAAAUAACAUUGUAUAUAUAUCAUAGAUUAAAAAAUAUAUAAUGAUAUUUUUAGCUAGAGUUAUAGAAGAAUAA